AUGGCUCGUUCCUGGAAGCCCGUCUUCUGGGCUCUGUUCCUGCUCGUGCAGCUGGGCAUCGCCUCCUCCGUUGCCGAGAAAAUUGGUCUGACGAGCAAACCCGUGGCUUCAUUGAGCCUCGAGGAGCUCGACGAGCAGCUGCAGCAAUGCUCCGUAGUCCAAAGCCUCACGGCCGACAAACUCGCCAAGCUCUCCUCAACCCCGUCCCUCCUCUCCCGCGCCUUCGGCACCCUCUUCCCCGGAUCCCCCGCCGUCAACGCCCUCCUCGCGACCCUCUACAUCUCGGGCCCCCCCAACUUCCUCCUCGCCCUCUGCCCGACCGACAUCGACCCCUCCUCCCUCUCCGUCAUGGUCGCCUUCGCCGUCGGCGGCCUCAUGGGCGACACCCUCUUCCAUCUCCUCCCGGAAAUCUUCCUCGGCGAGGACGAGCCCGAGCGUGCGCGCCUGGUGCUCGUCGAGCCCAACCGGAACCUGCUGCUCGGCGUCGCCAUCCUCGUCGGCUUCAUGACCUUUGUGGCCAUGGACAAGGGGUUGCGGAUCGCGACAGGCGGGGAGGGGGGUCACUCGCAUGAUCACGGGCACGCGCACUCGCAUGCCGAGACCAAAGCCGAGGGCGUGUCGUCUGCCGUGGAGAAGGCGGGUGAGGUCACGUCGCGCAAGAAGAAGGCUGAGGGCGCCGGCGCCAGCUCCGGAUCCAACGGCACUGUGGAGAAGCCGGAGAAGGAGAUGAACCCCAGCGUGAAGCUCGGAGGCUACCUGAACCUGAUCGCCGACUUCACGCACAACAUCACAGAUGGCCUCGCAAUGUCCGCCAGCUUCUACGCCUCCCCGACCAUCGGCGCAACCACCACGGUGGCUGUCUUCUUCCACGAGAUCCCCCACGAGGUCGGCGACUUUGCACUGCUCGUGCAGUCCGGCUUCAGCAAGCGUGCCGCCAUGGGCGCCCAGUUCGUCACGGCUCUCGGCGCCCUGCUCGGCACCCUCAUUGGCAUCGCCGUCCAGGAGCUCGGCGGUAGCGGCUCUAGCUCCAGUGAGGGCGGCAUGGCGCGGAACGCGGGGCUCUGGGGAACUAGCUUGACCUUGGGCGACCUGCUCCUCCCAUUCACCGCGGGCACCUUCCUCUACGUGGGCACCGUUGCCGUCAUUCCCGAGCUGCUCGAGACGGGCCCGAACAAGAUGGCCGAGCUGCGCAAGACCGUGGUUCAGUUUGCCGCCAUCGCCGUUGGCGCCGGUAUCAUGCUGUACAUCUCGUGGCACGACUGA